GCAAAACCAUGAGCUGAGUCUGAGUUUGUCUCUGCAUUUCCAUUGUCGCUUUGCUCCCUGCUCUCACUUUCUCUCUGUGGACCUUUUCAUUCUCUCUCUAAUAAAAACUAUGAACCUCCACACUGACUCCUCGUAGGUCACUCCUUUUUCUCAGAUUCCGGACGCAUACGACGACGACGAAUUCAUAUCCCUUCAGAUUUCAGAUUUCAGAUUUCGCUCUCUCCUUCAGCUUCAUUCUUUGAUUUGUAUGAGCCACAAUUAGCUGGAUAGCAUUUCGAUCUUUGUUUUUGUUUUAAUUUUUAAUGUUUUUGGAUUAAAUGAGAGGAAUCGCAAAGCAUGAGCGGAGGUGGGCGUCGGACUCGGUCCCGGGCGAUCCGCCGGUCAUCGGGGGAUUUUCGUCGGAGACUGAGUCGGAGAACUCCUCCUCGGUCGCAGCGGAGGAAUACGUGGAGGUCACGCUCGACCUUCAGGAUGACGAUACCAUAAUUCUAAGGAGCGUGGAGCCGGCGACCGCCAUAAGCAUUGAUGAUCUCGUCGGCGGCGGAGGAAUGAUGAUCGAAGGUCCAGUGUCUGCUUCCGGCUCUGCGUCGACGUCUCGGUCGCCGACUAUACGGCGAAGCUCGUCGAACCGGAUUCUUCAGUUCUCUCAGGAGCUGAAAGCCGAGGCGGUGGCGAAAGCCAGGCAGUUCUCGCAAGAGCUCAAGGCGGAGCUGAAGAAAUUCUCGUGGAGUCAUGGUCAUGCGCCUCGCGCAUUCUCAUCGGCGUCCGGAACAACAAGCGGCAUGGAUUCCGCUCUAGCGGCUCGCCAGUUGCGUCGACAGCGCGCUCAGCUCGAUCGCACUCGUUCCGGCGCGCAAAAAGCGCUUCGUGGCCUCAGAUUCAUCAGCCACAACAAAGCCAAUGCAUGGAACGAAGUAGAGAGCAACUUUUACAAGCUGGCAAAAGACGGUUAUCUCUACCGCGCCGAUUUUGCGCAAUGCAUAGGAAUGAAGGACUCCAAGGAAUUCGCAUUAGAAAUGUUCGAUGCUUUAAGCAGAAGAAGAAGAUUGAAGGUGGAUAAGAUUAGCAAAGAGGAACUUUACGAGUAUUGGUCCCAAAUCACUGAUCAAAGCUUCGAUUCUCGUCUCCAGAUCUUCUUCGACAUGGUGGACAAGAAUGAAGAUGGUCGAAUUGCAGAGGAAGAAGUGAAAGAGAUCAUAAUGCUCAGCGCUUCAGCAAAUAAGUUAUCAAGAUUGAAGGAACAGGCAGAGGAGUAUGCAGCUUUGAUCAUGGAAGAGCUGGACCCAGAAAGACUUGGCUACAUUGAGCUAUGGCAGCUGGAAACACUACUUCUACAGAAGGACACAUACUUAAACUACAGUCAAGCACUGAGCUAUACGAGCCAAGCCUUGAGUCAAAACCUACAAGGCUUAAGAAAGAGGAACACAAUAAGAAGAAUGAGCACGAAAUUGCUCUAUUUCUACCAAGAGAACUGGAAGAGAAUCUGGGUUUUGACGUUGUGGAUAUUGAUAAUGAUCGGUUUGUUCAUCUGGAAAUUUUUGCAGUACAAACAGAAAAGCGCAUACAUAGUCAUGGGCUAUUGCCUCCUCACGGCUAAGGGCGCAGCUGAGACGCUAAAGUUCAACAUGGCACUCAUAUUAUUCCCCGUGUGCAGGAACACCAUAACGUGGCUGAGGUCCACCAAAUUGAGCCAUUUCAUACCCUUUGACGACAACAUCAACUUCCACAAGACCAUAGCAGCGGGAAUUGUGAUUGGUAUCAUACUCCAUGCUGGUAACCAUCUUGCAUGUGAUUUUCCAAGGCUUAUCAACGAAGCGGAUUCAGUUUAUAGCCGGCUUCUUGUAAAUGAUUUUGGAAAUAAUAAGCCCACUUAUGGAGACCUUGUUAAAGGACCUGAAGGCGUGACAGGAAUACUGAUGGUAAUCUUGAUGCUUAUUGCUUUUACACUUGCUACAAGAUGGUUCAGGCGAGGCCUUAUUAAGCUGCCCAAGCCUUUUGAUAGACUCACUGGAUUCAAUGCAUUUUGGUACUCUCACCACCUCUUUGUCAUUGUGUACAUACUGCUCAUCGUCCAUGGCAUGUUCCUCUAUCUUGUGCACAAAUGGUACAAGAAAACGACAUGGAUGUAUCUUGCAGUUCCUGUGCUCCUAUAUGCUGGGGAACGGACCCUGAGAUUCUUCAGGUCGGGCUUAUACACUGUCCGGCUUCUGAAAGUGGCAAUUUACCCGGGAAAUGUACUCACGUUGCAAAUGUCUAAACCUUCCCAAUUUCACUACAAAAGUGGGCAAUAUAUGUUCGUCCAGUGUCCAGCUGUUUCUCCAUUUGAAUGGCAUCCAUUUUCCAUUACUUCCGCUCCUGGGGAUGACUAUCUAAGUGUUCACAUCCGACAGCUGGGUGACUGGACACAAGAACUUAAGCGAGUAUUUUCUGAGGCUUGUGAAUGUCCAGAAGUUGGAAAGAGUGGCUUGCUGAGAGCUGAUGGAACAACUAAGAAGAGUUUGCCUAAGCUAUUAAUAGACGGACCUUAUGGAGCUCCAGCACAAGAUUACCAGAAAUAUGAUGUUCUACUACUGGUUGGUCUUGGCAUUGGAGCAACACCCUUUAUUAGUAUCCUGAAAGACUUACUCAACACCAUAGUAAAAAUGGAGGAGCAAGCAGAUUCAGCAUCAGAUCUUAGCAGGAACUCGGAUCUAAGUGUUGGAUCAAGUGAACAAAACUCUUCCAACAAAAUUUCUCCCCGACGGAAGAAAACUCUAAGAACUACUAAUGCAUAUUUCUAUUGGGUAACAAGGGAGCAAGGUUCUUUUGAUUGGUUCAAAGGUGUUAUGAAUGAAGUUGCAGAUCUUGAUCAAAGGGGGGUCAUUGAGAUGCACAACUACUUAACAAGUGUAUAUGAGGAAGGGGAUGCACGUUCAGCUCUCAUUACCAUGGUCCAGGCUCUGAACCACGCAAAGAAUGGUGUUGAUAUUGUAUCAGGCACUAGAGUAAGGACACACUUUGCAAGGCCUAAUUGGAAGAAAGUGUUUUCCAAGACCUGCACCAAGCAUGCUAAUGCAAGAAUAGGAGUUUUCUAUUGUGGAGUACCUGUAUUAGCCAAAGAACUCAGCCAACUUUGCAAAGAGUACAACCAAAAGGGCACAACCAGGUUUGAAUUCCACAAAGAACACUUCUAGGAGGCCAGGCCAGUAAAAGGAAGCAUUAUAAUCAAGUGCAGAUAGUCAUUUCUAACAGCAAAUUUUGCCACCACAAAUACAAUCACAUCAUUAGUAAUAUGAUCUGAUGCAAAUACACCCAGGAAGGUCAAACAGGGGAGUGAAAAAGUGUGCAGUAUUUUUGGGGGCUUGGAAUAAUUACUAGAUAUACAAGAGUAGAUUUUAGGCAUAUGUUUUAAUCUCCCAAUGAAGAGCCAAAAACUGGCCCUGAUUGGGAAUAUAAAUUCCGGUGGUAAAGCUAAAGGUUGCAGCAAGUGGGGCGGUGGAGCUUAGUGAUAAUAUCAGUUGGAGAAUGGUAAACAGCUAUAUAGCAAAGGGUUGACCUGCUUCAUAAUGAAAUAGACAGCAACGAUAGAGGCAGACACUGAGGCAUUGUGUAUAAUGAAAAGAUGAAUAGGGAGUAUUUUGAAAGGGGAAGGAUGAUAAAGACAGCGGGACAGCAUUAAUUUUAUGGUAGAGAUCGAUGAGUUAGUGGGGGGGAUCCAUCUAGAAGACCUGCGGAUGAUAAGUCCACCUUAUAUUUGUCUUUUUCUUUCCGGAAAUAAUAUAGUGUUUAUAUAAUUUACUCAUAGGAUAGCCCCAAUGGAAAGUACAUGUAACUGAUACUGAUGGGAAGCUUAUCUAUCUCCUUUACUACAAUACAAUUUGUUCAUAAUAUAUAAUUAAAGCAAGAAACAAUUUGGGCUC